AUGGCGGACGCAGAACACUCGGAAGUCUCGGCCGAGCCUCAGGCCAGACAUGUCACAUACUGCGGCGACGUCAUCGUCGCCGUCAGUUUGCACACUGCCCCCCGAGGAACCGUGAAAAAGUGCCAAGAGUGGCUGGAAAAGAACAACAAGGAGUUGUAUGACAGGAUCUGGUCAGCCGGUCAGUGUGGCACGUUUCCUGCCGUGACGAUCAGCUGCCUGACGCAUAUUUCUCCCGCAGAGGCUUUGGAGGCUGCAACCGCAUCCUUGUCCGUCGAAGCGCAAAAGAGAGCCGCCAAAGACGCGCAGAAGAAAACGGCAAAGGCCGAGGCCGCCGAGGCCAAGCAAGCUGAUAAAAUGGCCAACAGUGUCGUGACCAUUAAGCGCAUUGAGCGGAAUAAGAAGAAGUUCGUCACGGCGGUCAUUGGACUGGAGGCUUUUGGUCUGGAACUGAAAAAGGUGGCCAAAGAUCUCGGCAAAAAGUUUGCUACUGGCUCGUCGGUGACCAAGCUGCCCAGUGGGGGCGAAGAAAUCGUGGUACAAGGCGAUGUGAGCGACGAGUUGGAAGAGUUUAUUUUGGAAAAGUACAAGGAGAUACCCGCCGAUAACAUUGAGCUCGUGGAUGACAAGAAGAAGAAGAAGGCGGCAGCAGCAUAA